GUGAAAAAAGUAGUAAUAUUUUUUUAAAGGUUAAAAAAUACAUAUAUUUAAUAAAGGCUUUUUGAAGAAUUUAAUUAUUAUUUUUUUAUUACUAAUGAAUUAUUUUUAACUAUUAAUUAUUUUAAUGAGGCUUUUUCCUUCCAUUUUUUUUUCAUUAUGAUAUCAAGAUUUCAUUUUUGAACCCCUUCUCCCCCACCCCCCAAAAAAACUAAUGAAUGCAUUAAAAACAGUUAUUGUAUGUGCACAUUUUUUAAUGGAUCCAGACCGGACAAUGUGCAUCCUUGACCCUAUUACAAAAUCACUGAGCAAUUGAAAUUAUUUUUAGUGGGUACAUGAGCUCAUUUCGGCAGCCGGCUGAGUGCAAGUCAGUCUUGAGCAGCUAAAUGACAGCACAUAAGGAGUAUUCCCUAGACCUGCAAUUUACCACGACUCCGGUUACAUUUUCCAGCCUUUUCUUUGUCUCUUGGUGUUUACAAGGCCCUUGCUGCAUUCCUGCGAGCCGCUCAUUUGUCAAAUCUCCGUUCGGCUCCUACUUAACAAAAUGGUCGCCCUUCACCGUGACUGCAAGAAGGGGAGGAGAAUAAAACCAUCUGACAUGUUUGUCCAAACAUCUAAAUCCCGUGUUUAUUCACACCGGUAGUUUUCAGGGUAGAAUACGAGCAUUUUCCCGGUGAAUGGCAGCAGCAGCAGCAGCCCUCCCUGCAUUGCAGCAGUGUAUCAGAGCAGAGAGACACACAGCACCAGCCGCCCAAUCACGCGCCUCCGUGUGGCUCUCAAACCAAUCGGCAGCACACAGCUGAGGUUAAAGAUUGACAAUCGCUCUGAGAGCAGCAGGGAGAGCAAGGCCCUUCUGGAAAAUUCUGCACCUAUCUUUGUCUCAUCCCUCAUUGCCUUUAUAUCUGAAAAAAAAACACAUUUAAAAGGCUCAGCCUGAAGAAUCUGUGUACUGUGCCCGUAAAGAAAAAGUUUGGCUGAAGGAGGAGGGAAGGAGUCAGAUGCAAUUGAAGGGAUGGAAAUCGCAACACGAUCCAAGGUCUCUGAUCAAGGGUCAGCAGAAAGGACCAUCCCUAAGCGCAAGGUUUCCAGCCCUCCUCACUCCUCAAAUGGACACUCGCCUUCAGAAUCCUCCUCUAGUCCUGUAAAAAAGAAGAAGAAACCAGGAGCCGUUAAUAACAGUAAAGACCAGUCAGAACUAAGACAUGGUCCCUUUUACUAUGUGAAGCAGCCCGCACUCACCACAGACCCUGUUGAUGUUGUACCGCAGGACGGGCGGAAUGACUUCUACUGCUGGGUGUGCCACCGCGAGGGCCAGGUGCUCUGCUGUGAGCUCUGCCCGCGCGUCUACCAUGCUAAGUGCCUCAAACUGGCUGCAGAGCCCGAAGGAGACUGGUUCUGCCCUGAAUGUGAGAAAAUAACAGUUGCAGAGUGCAUAGAGACUCAGAGUAAAGCUAUGACGAUGCUCACAUUGGACCAGCUGUCUUUCCUGCUGAAGUUUGCUCUGCAGAAGAUGAAGCAGCCUGGGACGGAGCCGUUUCAGAAGCCAGUGUCGCUGGAACAGCAUCCUGAUUAUGCAGAGUAUAUAUUUCAUCCCAUGGAUCUCUGCACUUUAGAAAAGAAUAUUAAAAAGAAAAUGUACGGCUCCACUGAGGCUUUCCUGGCUGAUGUGAAGUGGAUUUUGCACAACUGCAUCAUUUAUAAUGGAGGCAACCAUAAACUUACAGCAACGGCUAAAGUUAUUGUGAAGAUCUGUGAACAUGAAAUGAAUGAGAUCGAGGUCUGUCCAGAGUGCUAUCUCUCUGCAUGCCAGAAAAGGGACAACUGGUUUUGUGAACCAUGUAGCAACCCCCACCCUCUGGUCUGGGCCAAGCUGAAGGGAUUCCCAUUUUGGCCUGCUAAAGCUCUUCGAGACAAAGAUGGACAAGUGGAUGCACGGUUCUUUGGGCAGCAUGACAGGGCCUGGGUUCCUAUUAACAACUGCUACCUCAUGUCCAAAGAGAUCCCCUUCUCUGUGAAGAAGACCAAGAGCAUCUUCAACAGUGCCAUGCAGGAGAUGGAAGUAUACGUAGAGAACAUCCGGAAAAAAUUUGGAGUCUUCAAUUACGCUCCAUUCCGCACACCUUACACACCAGACAACCAAUUCCAGAUGCUCCUGGAUCCCGCAAACCCUGGCGCGGGCUCCGUCAAACCUGAAAAACAGGAGAAGAUCAAGUUCAGCUUUGAUGUAACAGCAUCUCCUAAGUUGCUCGUGGGAAAGAGCAUGGUGUCCAGUGGAAACAUAGGAAGUGGAACAGGAAGGCGAAUCUCAAUGACGGACAUGCCUCGUUCACCAAUGAGUACUAACUCCUCUGCCCAUACGGGAUCUGAUGGAGAACAGGAGACUGCAGAGAAAGGUCAUGCGAGAGCGGCUCUGCCACAUUACAACACUGGAGAGGAGUCAGUGGACUGCACUGCAUCGCCUGCCCCUCCUAGAGCAGGCCUCACAGGAAACACCUUAGAGAGCCCUAAACCUUUCCAUUCACCAGCUCCCAGCACCCCUGUUAAACAGGAGAAGACCCCCACUACCGGCAGCAUCCUCAACCUCAACCUCGAUCGUAGUAAGGCAGAGAUGGACCUGAAGGAGCUGAGUGAAAGUGUCCAGCAACAACAGCAGCAGGGGGCUCAGCCCUCCCUCACCUCCCCUAAGAGACAGAUCAGGAGCCGUUUCCAACUCAACCUGGAUAAGACCAUCGAGAGCUGCAAAGCACAGCUGGGUAUAGACGAAAUAUCUGAGGAUGUGUAUAAAGGAGUAGAGCACAGUGAUUCAGAGGAAUCCGACAAGUCUGACUCCAGUGACAGUGAAUAUGGCAGUGAUGAUGAACAGAAAUCUAAGAGCGGCCAAGACGACAAAAACGCAGUUGAUGAUAAAAAUGAGAAAGAGCCACCCAAGAAAAAGUCAAAACCAUCGGUGGCUACUGGUGAGGACAAAGACAACAGCACAGAGUCUGCUGCAACAGCCAUUACAGCAACCAAAGGAGAAACCAGCCAAAAAACAAGCACCUCCGAGCCUAUAGCUAAAGACAAACCAGGUCUGGAUUCCGAGAAAGAACCUCCUGAGAAACUGAAAGCUGCUCCCGCAUCCCCAGAUUACAGAGAGAAACCCAAGGGCUCUGAAGAGGCCGUGCAGCCAGCAUCUGUGGAUGUAGACAUGGACUCGGACUCUGAGAGGGAGCUGGUCAUCGACCUGGGAGAAGAGCAGGCAGGGAAGGAGAGGAAGAGGAACAGGAAAGAUUCAGCCGCUGUCACCGCACUCAAAGAGACCACAGCCUCCAAACCUGAAGGUAAAGCCACUCCAGUUUCAAGCAGUCUAACCCAGCCUCAAAACUCAACGGUCCUUUCCUCCUCCCCGACUGUUAAGGACCCAUCUCAGUCCCCGUUGGCCGUACCGCUUAACAUAAUACCCCUCACAGCAGCUCCAACCAGCACCACUCUAACCUCCUCCACCCUCCCCAUCACCACUCCCUCCACCACCAACAGUUCCUCACCCAUCUCCACCAGCACAUUAAAGAAGCAGCGGCCUUUACUGCCUCGAGAGACUGUACCUGUGGUGCAGCAGGCUGUCGUGUGGAACCCCACCACCAAGUUUCAGACGUCCUCUCAAAAGUGGCACAUGCAGAAGGUGCAUAGGCAGCAGCAGGGCCAAACGCAACCAGCCACACAGGCGCAGGUGUUAACACAGGUGCAGCGCAGCCAACAACCGCAGCAGCAAGCGCAGGUCUCCUCAUCCUCAACGGGACAGCAGCCUUCAUCCAGCACCAGAUACCAAACACGACAGUCUGUGAAAACAGUACAACAGAAAGACCCUCCACACACCACCUCCACCUCCACCUCUGCCGUCACACUGGUGACCAGCACACCUGUAUCAGCCCCCAUGAUGGCAGGAACCACCGUCAGCUCUUCCUCUUCUUCAUCAACAUCCACAACUGGAGACUUCCAGAUCCCCACCACAUCUGCAGAUGUAGCAGCUGAUAUAGCAAAGUACACUAACAAAAUCAUGGAUGCAAUUAAAGGGACGAUGACUGAGAUAUAUAAUGACCUUACCAAAAGCACGUCGGGAAACACAAUAGCAGAGAUCAGACGGUUGCGAAUUGAAAUUGAAAAACUGCAGUGGCUGCAUCAACAAGAAUUAUCAGAGAUGAAGCACAAUUUAGAGCUAACCAUGGCAGAGAUGAGGCAGAGUCUUGAGCAGGAGCGAGAGCGAAUCGUGACGGAAGUCAAGAAACAGAUGGAGGUGGAAAAACAGCAGGCUGUAGAUGAAACUAAAAAGAAGCAAUGGUGUGCAAACUGCAGAAAGGAGGCCAUUUUCUACUGCUGCUGGAACACCAGCUACUGCGACUAUCCCUGCCAACAAGCACACUGGCCUGAGCACAUGAAGUCAUGCACACAGUCUGCAACAUCAUCACAGCAAGAACAAGAGUCAGAAGGCGGCACAGACGUUACUCCCAAAGCCCCUGGACAGCCAAACAACUCCCCUAGAGAGACUGUAUCUGCUACACCUGCAGACAAAGACAGUGAAGUGGAUAAAGCCAAGGACAGUGUCACUGUCACUAUGUCAUAGCUCACAUGUACAAAACAUACACUACAUCAGCACUUAUGUCUGUACAGCUGUACAUAGAUGUUGUCAAAUUCUUCACUACAAAAAUGGUUUUAACUAACGUUUGUCUUGCCUGAUUGUGCUUUUGUGUUUUGUUUGUUUGUUUUUUUCUGUGUAUGACUGUCUGAAUGUUCCAAAUCUAAGACACAAAGACCACCCAAACAUUUCCUUCUGUAGGUUUGAGAGGGUUGUCUGCUUCUUUGUUGGGUUCGAUUCUAAACAAAAAAAGACCAGUUUAUUUAUUUAAUUUUUUAAAGUCGUCUUGGGCUCUGAUAACUUCUAAGUUUAUCUUUUUAAUGUUGCCAAAAUAUAUUUAUAAUAUUCCGAAAGCCUCAUCUGCUGGUAAUCUUUCAAAGAUGAGUCACUUUUUUUUUUUUUUUUUUUUUAGUUGCAAAAGCUAGUACAGAAUGUAGUUAUUUUUAGUUUUAGUUUUUUAAGAAGAGUAUUGUAUUGUUUUCAUAUCUUAUUCAUGCUAUUUCAUCAAAAGAACAUUUGGUUAUAUAAAGACUACAUUAUAUCUUGAUACAACGUUUAAACACUGUUUCGCAAAAUAUGACUACUUUAUCACUAUCUUGUUCGAUUGUGUGUCUCCAUGGAAAAGAGAUGGUUAAAACAUGUUGUAAAACUGUAUUAUCACUAGAUAAGAGUGAGUAUUAUUAAUCUGAGGUUCUGUUCAUUUGAUUUCCUGUAUCUUAAAUGCCUUUGGUUUUUCUGUUUCGCCUGCUGUUCACGUCUGUGAUCUUUUGAUGUUGAAGUUUGUAACAUCUGUAGGAUCUCAUGGUUCUCUUUUUGAGUUUACCUUAAAGUCGAAAGGUAGUGUUAGAUCAUUGAUGAAUGAUAGAUUUUGUCAUGUUUAUAUUGUUGGUGUCAAAGAAUUGUUAAGAUGAGUAAUUUAUGUUUACUUUUUUUUUUUUUAAAGUACCCAGUUCAUUUUAUUUGAACAUUGGUGAAAUUUAUUAUUUUUUUAAUUCUAUUUUAAUAUUAACAGGACUGUAACUUCACACCAGUACAGUACUGUUUUUGUUAGUUAUAAUUUUGCAUAUAUCAUUCAUACGAUGCUGUAUUCUCAAUGUUUGAAGAACAGAUUCUUAAGAACCCAUAAGAUACUGUAUCUAUGAACCACAAACAGAAACAUUCCUGUAUGUUAUGCUGUUAAUAGUGCAAACAUAUGUUAUUUCAAACCAUAUACAGAAAAGGAGAGCGGUUGAGAGUGGCUGUCAGUCUAAAGAAGAAUAGAUCGAUGUUUACAUAUUGUAUAUAAAUAAAGAUCUGGUGGUCUAAAUUGUAAUUUAAUAGUUUUUGUAUGGUGCAAGUGAAUUAAAGAGAACACCUGAUAAAAGUGUUUCACAUUGGAGUCA